AUGGCGUUAACACAGGUGUUUGGGGGUUUGAUUGCCAAAUACAUGAUCGAUUAUGGGUUGACGAGUCAGCCAGAUCAAAUUUUACAGAAAGUUGAGGAGGUCAGUAAAAAUAUUGAGCAAUAUGAAUCUUCUUUUUUUAAAUCUCUAUAUAAAAGAAAACAGCCUUUCUCUCUUCCUUCGCUCAUUAAUAUCUUGACACUCAUUCUCGUUCUAUAUAUAUCCUUGAUCAUAGUCAACAGAGCCACUCGCAUUGCAUUAGCACUCUUCAGAACAUUAGCUACUAUCUCCUUCUUCUUGCUAAUGGUCUGUGUCGGUGUCUACUGGUUCCUAAAUGGUCAAUGA